AUGCAUGAACAGCUAAUGAUGCACUCCCUGAGGCUCCCCACCUCAUAUGCGCAUCCAUACACCGCCGAUGGGAAGCCGGGAGCUAGCAGGAUGAGGGAGGAGGAGGCUGGGACGAAGCUACGCCGGUGGCAACACGAGGAUGAACGAGGGGUGGUGAUGAGGACUUUGCAGCCGGCGAUGAGACAAGAAGCGAUGGUGCUUUUUGUUUCUCUCAUGACCUACCCACCAGGUCUUUAUCUACCUGUCUGCACCCGCCCUCUGUUCCGUGCUCCUGCCAUCUGUUUUGCGCUCUUGCUUGUGCCCGCACAGGCUCUUUUUUCCGCCCGUUCACUCGCUCCUGCCUGCCCGCCUGCACUAGCACAAGACUGCCUCGCCACAGCUUUUCCCUGUGUCUGUGCCGCUUACAUGCCGCCGCGAUUGGCCUAUGGAAGGUUCUACAGCGUCAUUGGUGGAGGCAAUCGUCUUGAGAAGAACAUGUUGAAAACUGACAUUAUCCAUCACCUUGACAGAUGUGGAUUGUCAUUGGAUGAUGUGAAGAUUGAUUACAACAACAGAUAUGAUCCAUUGGCCGCUUUGUUGAGGUUUUCUUCAAAGGCAAUGUUUACCACCGCAAAUAGGCAAACAAGUCAGAAUCGGGUGUACAGGAUUGAUGAGACAAGUGGUGAAGUAUGGGAUCUCAAAAAGCCCUUUGAUGGGAAAACUGUACUAUUGCAAGGAGUCCCACGAAAUGCCCUCCCAGAGGACAUAGAGCGUUUUUUGUGUGGCACGAACUUUGAACCUCCAUUUGAAAGCUUUAUAAGAGCUGGUGUCCCAGAGCCCAUAAGAAUGGUGCUGGUUAAAUUCCGCACAAAGACUGAUGCGAUGAAUGCCUUCAUUACCAAAAACAGGGGUUUCUGUCUGAACAAUCAAGUUAGCAUGCGUGUCCUUCAGUAA